AUGCUCUUUGAAUUGUUCCUCCUCGCACUCCGCGCCGCGAACGUCGCCACAUUUGUGUACGACGCGUACCAUUGGUAUUACGACUACAUUCCUGUCGUCAGGAAGGUAUGGGGAUACUAUGGCAUUGACGCCAUCGUCGCCAUUGUCUGCCUCGUAAUGGUGUUCAAGCACUGUACUGCCCGAGGCCGAAACGUCUGCCGCUUUGCGUAUCAUUACUACGCCGCCCGACACUUCCCCAAGGCCGCUCGGACGGAGGUCCUCCAACGCCUAGCCGUCAGCGCCUCCGCCGUCUCCCUCGCACACACCCAGUUCUUUGCAUGCACCGUCGCCUUCCAAGCCGUCGUCCUCAUUUUGGACUCCAACUCCGCCUUCUACGACCUCGGCUACAUCUGCGGCGCCUUCGCCUGCUUCACCUGGGGCUUCACCUCCACGCUCGUCGAGUUCCUCUACAAGUUCGUCUACGAGUUCUUCCGCCUCCUCUUCACGCGUCCAACCGCGUUGUUCACUCGCGGCGACCUUAUCGCGUUGGCCGCUGGGUGCAGCUUCUGGGCUUUUGCCGUCCACGUCAGCACGGGCCCUCAGCGCCAAUGA